AUGGGCCAACCCAAUGACCUCAAAUCCCCUGAGGUAGCCAGUGUACCGGUAUCUUCGAAAAAUAGUAUCUCAGAUCCUUCAUCUCCUCUGGAGGAUUCUCUUGAAGCCCAACAACCAUCGCCCCCAAUCUAUCACAUCUUCUCUCGAUCUCAAAAGCUGGAAAUGGUGGUGAUUGUCUCCCUGGCCGCCAUUUUCUCACCGUUGUCUUCCAAUAUCUACUUCCCCGCUCUGGGGGCUAUCUCAAGAGAUCUUCAUACAAGCAUGACCCUCACAACCUUGACCGUCACCAUAUAUAUGAUCGUCCAAGGAAUUGCACCGACCUUUUGGGGUUCCUUAUCAGAUACCUCUGGCCGACGACCCGUGUUCAUUGGAACUAUGGUCGUCUAUAUCAUUGCCAACAUUGCCCUUGCUGUAUCUACUAACUACGGCGAGCUGAUGGCAUUCCGUGCUUUGCAGGCUGCCGGCAGUGCCGCUACAAUAUCUAUCGGAGCAGGUGUCAUCGGUGAUGUUACAACCUCUGCGGAACGAGGAAGUCUGGUAGGCAUCUUUGGCGGUGUCCGCAUGCUUGGCCAAGGUAUUGGUCCAGUUUUUGGCGGUCUUCUCGCGCAGUAUCUCGGCUUUCGAUCGAUCUUUUGGUUCCUCACGAUCUGUGCCAGCGUCAGUCUGUUCACUAUCCUCCUGUUACUUCCUGAGACCCUGCGAUCGAUUGCCGGCAAUGGAACGGUUCCUCUUCGUGGCCUGCAGAAGCCAUGGUUAUACUAUAUCACUGGACAACCGGGUGCUGAGGAGGGUGCCGAGUCAGGGAUCAAAAAGUCCAGGGUUACGUUUGGGACUGUCUUUGCGCCUCUCAAAUUCCUGUUCGAGAUUGAUGUUUUUAUUACUCUUUUCUUCGGAAGUAUUGUCUACACGGUGUGGAGUAUGGUCACGUCUAGUACCUCUGACCUGUUUGAGGAAACGUAUAACUUGACUACCCUGCAGGUUGGUCUCACGUUUCUUGGAAAUGGCCUAGGAUGCAUGUCAGGCUCCUACACAAUCGGCUACCUAAUGGACUACAACCACCGUCUGACUGAACGCGAAUACUGCGAGAAACACAACUACCCACCCGGCACACGAGUCAACCUGAAAACACACCCAGACUUCCCGAUCGAGACCGCCCGCAUGCGCAACACUUGGUGGAUUACAGUUAUCUUUAUCGUAUGUGUGGCGGUCUACGGUGUUUCGCUGCGUACGCAUCUUGCGGUCCCCAUCAUCCUGCAAUAUAUCAUUGCCUACUGCUCAACUGGUAUCUUCACGAUUAACAGUGCCUUGGUGAUCGAUCUAUAUCCAGGUGCCAGUGCUAGCGCCACGGCUGUGAAUAAUCUUAUGCGGUGUCUGAUUGGUGCUGCGGGGGUUGCGGCUGUACAGCCUAUUAUUGAUGCGCUUGGUCCGACUUAUACUUUCGUUUUGCUUGCUGGUAUUACCUUGGUUCUGUGCCCUUUGCUCUGGGUGGAGACGAAGUAUGGGGCUGGAUGGCGACUGGCUCGACAUCAGAGGUUGAACCGUCCUCGGGCUGGGUAA